AUGAAGACUUCACUUUUCUCUCUUCUUAUUGCAGCAGGGGCUGCACAUGCCACACCACUGGAGCCCCGUGCAAACGGUGUCCAGGGCUUCGACAUCUCUAGCUACCAGGGAUCCGUGGACUUUUCCGCAGCCUACGCAGCUGGUGCUCGGUUCGUCAUAAUUAAGGCCACCGAGGGUACCACCUACAUUGAUUCAUCGUUCUCAAGCCACUACACAGGUGCAACCAACGCGGGCUUGAUCCGUGGUGGCUACCACUUCGCCCAUCCUGACAGCAGCUCCGGCGCAACUCAGGCCAACUAUUUCUUGGCCCAUGGAGGAGGCUGGUCUGCUGAUGGCCGAAGCCUUCCCGGCAUGGUGGACCUUGAAUAUAACCCGUCUGGCUCUACCUGUUAUGGUUUGAGCACCACUGCAAUGGUCUCUUGGAUCAAGGAUUUUGGGGAGACAUACCAGAGUAGCACUGGUAGAUACCCCAUGAUCUACACCACUGCCGAUUGGUGGAAUACCUGCACUGGGGAUAGCACUGCGUUCGGUGAUGAUUAUCCGUUGGUGCUGGCUCAAUACAGCAGCUCUAUCAGCAGUGUUCCUUCGGGGUGGCUUUACCAGAGCAUUUGGCAGAAUGCGGAUUCUUAUACCUAUGGAGGCGAUUCAGACUUGUGGAAUGGUAGCGAGGGAUCUUUACAGACUUUCGCGACUGGGGCGUGA